CUCGGCUCUCGUGUGUUUUCUGACGUUCGUGGUAAAUCUUCUUUCUGCUCCAACGGCGAUUUAAGUGCUGAAAUACUCUUUAAUCGCUCUACUCUCCGUUUAGAAGCGUUGCUAGCUGAUAAGGACUACUUCGAAACGGCCCAAUUGCGGCUUCAACUCUCAAGAGCCCAACCACGCCCCUUAUCCCAUACGAAACCAGUUCUUCCAGUUGCGAGAUAGUAUGUCGGCCGCCAUGACUCGGCUGCGACCGGCCGGUCAACUGAGCCGUCAGCUUCGAACCUUCAGCUCCUCGUCGAGACUCACCGCCGCCGCCAAUGUGCAGAGGCUGGGCGUCGUGGGCGCUGGUCAGAUGGGACUCGGAAUUGCACUAGUUGCUGCCCAAAAGGCCCAAGUGCCAGUCACCCUGGUUGACAACUCGGAAGCAUCCCUGAAGAAGGGAAUAGCAUUUGCAGAGAAGCUCCUCGCGAAGGAUGUCUCCAAGUCCAGGAUAACACAAGAGCAAGCGGACCAGGCCCGCGCGCUCCUCACGCCCGAGACGAGCCUAGAGAAGCUCUCCGACGUCGACUUCGUCAUCGAGGCCGUGCCCGAGAUCGCCCACCUCAAAUUCGACAUCUUCUCCAAGCUGGCCCAGAUCUGCCCCAAGCACGCCAUCCUGGCCACCAACACAUCCUCCAUCUCCAUCACCCGCAUCGCGGCCGCCACCACGAAGGACCCGACCGACACGUCGGCGAGCUCGCGCGUGGUCUCGACGCACUUCAUGAACCCCGUACCCGUGCAGAAGGGCGUGGAAAUCAUCAGCGGCUUGCAGACCAGCCAGGACACCCUGGACAAAGCCGUCGAGUUCUGCAAGGCCAUGGGCAAGAUCCCCUCCGUCUCGGCUGACUCGCCGGGCUUCCUGGCGAACCGCAUCCUCAUGCCCUACAUCAACGAAGCCGUCAUCUGCCUCGAGACGGGAGUUGGCGACCGGGACUCCAUCGACGCCAUCAUGAAGAACGGCACCAACGUGCCCAUGGGUCCGCUGCAACUAGCUGACUUUAUCGGCCUGGACACCUGCUUGGCCAUCAUGAAAGUCCUCCACGGGGAGACGGGCGACUCCAAAUACAGGCCCAGCGUGCUGCUGGGGAAGAUGGUGGACGCCGGGUGGCUAGGAAAGAAGAGCGGAAAGGGCUUCUAUGACUAUUAGCACCCACCAAGUACAUCAGGAGUACUGUGGUGUCGGUAUGCCGCAAGUGAGAAGCAGGGGGGGGGGACAGCUUGGGCAACGCGAGCCUGCUGAAACUGCUGAACAACGCGUGCGAGGGUUCAAUAACCCACCACGGGGCCACGCAACGAAAGUCGGGUGCGAUAGGGUAUGCGAGGAUGGGCUAUCAGCCCUCGAAGGGCAUCUACCGUACGAAAUACCAUGUAGUUCAGGCAAACUGGAAUAGAAUAAUGAUUGUCGACUAGACGAAGGGGUU